UUGAAAGCUGCUCUGGGCAUGAUAUGGAGCUUACAAACAAGACUUGGUUUCAGCCAACUACUCUCCUUCUAACAGGCAUUCCUGGACUGGAGUUUGUACAAAUAUGGAUCUCUAUUCCAGUGGGCUUCAUGUACCUAGUUGCCCUCCUAGGAAACUGCACCAUCCUCUUUGUUAUCAAAACCACCUCCAUUCUUCAUGAGCCUCAGUACAUCUUCCUGUCUAUGCUGGCAGCUACAGAUGUGGGUCUAUCUUUAUCAACUCUACCUACGGUACUCAAGGUCUUCCUCCUGAAUCACAGAGAGAUUGAGUUCCAUUCUUGCCUGGCACAGAUGUUCUUCAUUCAUACCUUCUCCUCCAUGGAAUCAGCCAUCCUGCUGGCCAUGGCUUUUGAUCGAUUUGUAGCUAUCUGUGAUCCGCUGCACUACACUGUGGUUUUAACUCCUCCUAGAAUUAUAGGAAUAGGGCUCAUAGCUGUGUUUCGGGGUGUGCUCUUGAUGGUGCCUUUGCCAAUCUUGCUCAAACGAUUGCCUUUUUGCAAAGGUGUCAUUCUUUCCCAUUGUUAUUGCUACCAUCCUGAUGUGAUGAAGCUGGCCUGUGGCUCUGUGAGAGUCAACAUCGUCUAUGGACUGUCUCUAGUCCUCUGCUCCUUUGCAAUUGACUCUAUAUUCAUUGUCAUUUCAUACAUCUUGAUUUUGAAAACAGUGCUGGGUGUUGCCUCAGGAAAUGGUCAACUUAAGGCACUUAAUACUUGUGUUUCUCAUAUCUUCACUGUCUUCAUCUUUUAUGUGCCCCUCAUUGUGUUGGCCCUAAUUCACAGGUUUGGUACAUUCACAUCUCCUCUUCUCCAUGUCACCAUGGCCAAUCUCUUCCUCUUUCUGACUCCUGUCCUUAAUCCCUUGGUUUAUAGCCUAAAAACCAAACAGAUAAGGUCAGCAUUGCCCAAGAUACUCAAGAGCAGGGCAAACUUUAUGUAGUCCCAUAUGGCCUUAGUCAGAGAGACACCCUGACCUACUCUGCCCUUUGAUCUAUCUGCUUCUCUAGGGAAUAUGUCAUCACUUCAAGAUAUGGUUUUGCAAGAACUGAUAUAUUUUCCCGUCUGCCAAGAUGGUGGUGUCUUGUUUAUUGUCUAAGAAGAAAAUUACCACAUUGUGAAAUGGGAGUAUUUGUAAACAUCAGUGUGUGAUAUGUGUAUUUCUGUUUUGUUUUCUUUUUUAAAGAAACACAUGAAAUGGUGUACCUUGAAAGUCUGUUGAAACUGAGCAGUUAAUGACCAUCUUAUGGAAAAUAGCAAUGAAACCAGAACUAGGCAGCAAAAAGAAAAAAACAUUAACUUGUUUUUAUAAAUUUCAAAUUACUCUUCCAAGGAAUUGUCCAUUAGCAUAAGUGAAAAAUUUGAAAAUUA